AUGGCUUCACCAAUGCCCGCUCACUCCAGUGGCUGGAACAACACGUCUGUUGCCGGCGACGCUGACGACUAUGGCGUGCAGACCAAGUUUAUGAACUUAAAGGUGCACUACACGUUCGACAAAGAGGCCAAGGUUAAUUGCCUCGCCAGAGGCUCCCAGCCCUUGCAGGUCCAGACGGUCCCGAUUGAUGACACAAACUCUAUUGGCGUCGUCGACCUGAGGGCUUGCGUACAUGUUAUUGCCGAGUGCAGCCCGGAGCUGACGAACCACGAGUGCGACUACACCAUCUACGCAAUUGAUUAUUCCGAGCCUGAUCUGCCUCUGGUCGGACAAGGCCUGCUAUCAUGGGUCUUUCAGUCGAUGCGGCCCGACUUUGGGAACCAUCAGCCCAAGAUGGUGACGGGCCGUGUAACGAGAAAUGUAUUGGGUGUGUUUGGUGGUGGCAACAGGGAGACGCUCGAGGUCAGGUUGAAGCUGUCUGAGACAGCCAGAAUCCAGCGUUCCAUCACAUACGCCUCUUCCGUGGACCAGCAGCCAGUAAGGCCUAUGGAGCAGGUCUUGACACCCGGUGCUGCCUCAGAAUGGAACUCUCUGGUCCAGUCGAACCCACAGAUGGCCCAACAGACGAGCCAGAACCAUGGACCCCCACCACCGUUGGUUAGGCAGGGCUCCUUUGGCCCGAGCUACAACCAAGCGUCUACACAAGAGCUGCCGAGGUUGGCUCCCAUUCCCAUCGAACCUCAGUCUCAGUCCAUGCCUGGCGUCCCGGCACCCUCAUCACGACCAUCUAGUAGAGCGUCAAAUAGGCCGUCCCGGAGGAAGCCACCCACAGGUAGGCCUCGAGGCAGGCCACGAAAGAAACCCGCUGAAGGCAACACAUCCGGCUAUGAGGACGGAACUGAAGGAGAAGAGGCCGCGCCCGCCAAGGAGGAUGAGCCUGUCAAGAAGAGGGCAAAGGUGACCAAGGUGGACAAGUCGGACGCGAAUCCCUUCGCUGCCGAGCCCGAAUCCCUCAGGGUUGCUGCGAGCAAUUCCAGCUCCCUGCGAAACUUUCGACCCAUUGCCAUCAAUAGCGACAGUGUGACAGGUAGCCAUCUGCAGGAGGUCCCUCGAGCUCCCACACCCGUUCCUAACGGUCGUCUCAGGGCGGUACCAGGACGAGAGCCCAGCUCCCUCAAGCGACGUGAAUCCGCACUGAGCCAGCCGCCCGUAUCAAGCUUUGCCACGAGCGAGGCUAGCCGCUUUGCAUCUCCCGGCAUGGAUGACGAUAGAUCACCAGAGUCCAUGGCCCCAACCCCAAACUACCCCGACGACAGCCCCGCUGAUAUUGGAUCCUCACCACCAGUUCAGCAGGCGACGCCCUAUAUGCGAUCUAGCCCGCCUCCCUCAAGCCCAGUGCUACCCCCGAUGCCAACAAUGGCCCCUGGCGAGCAUGAGCACAGCAUUCCGGGAAAUGAUAUGAGUGAGCUUUUCGGAGAAGGAGAUCAGGCCGUUUUGGAAGAGCUACCACCGCCACAGCGCGCUCACAAGGCUCCAAAGCAGAGCGUGCCCGUUCAGGUUUUCCAGCUCCAGGACGGCCCCAGCGGCCAGGACCUAGUGCAUCUUCUCACAUACAAUACUCCCUAUCCGACGUCAAAUAACCCUGGCCCUACAGAAGGCUCGUUACCACCUCCGCCGAAAGGGGGCCCAAGCCGGCCACAGAUGAAUGGCCAAUCUACGAAAAGGAAGAGACCGCAACCGACAUCGCCAAUGUUGGGCCCAACUCCACCACCUACGACAGAUGCCAUUGAAAGGCCCAUGAGCCCGGCCCUGACCUCUACCCCUGCUCCAAUUCAGGCUCCCACUCCCAUUCCUCUUCCCGCACCUACUCAAGCGCAUACCUUGGCGCAUUUUACUACGGCUACAUCACCCGUCAACGCCGUUGAUGCCCCGAACCAGACUUCUGCGCAUCCUCGCGAGUCAGGAUCGGCUUCUACAUCUCCUCCUGAACUCUCACAAGUCACCCCCGCGACGGAUGACAUCUUCAACGACCCCAUAGUACAACUCGCCUCUACAUUUUCCUCGAAAGAAGCCGCCCCUCCAUUCGUUCGACCGCCAUCACGAUCUUCGCAGCCGCCUCAAUCAAGACCGCAAACCUCCAAACCCAAGUACCCUCGCCAGCUGAGUCGAUCUCAAUCCGCGGGCCCGCUUAUCCUGCCAUCCAGCGAUCCCGCUGGGCCGUCAAGCCUAUCACAGCCCCCAGCUAACGCUUCGGACCGUCCAUCUUCGGUAGGAGGUGUUGACGUCCGUCGGCCGAGUUCUAUGGGGACGUUGGCUUUGCCAAUGCCUGAGCCUCGUGCUGAAUCCACGUCUGAGUCUCCGGUAGACCCUGCCCCUUUAGUAAACUCAGCGGCUCCUGAGGAGCCAUGCCCUCCAAGCGAUUUUCUUCCGGCGCCAUCCUCACCCCCUGCGCAACGAUCAAAUAAAAACAUUGUGAAAAAGCAUGCCAUCAAGCAACGCCUUGAAGAGGCCAUCAUGAAUGGAGAAAUGCCUCCGUUCUGCAGCAACUGCGGUGCCAUUGAAACCCCUACAUGGAGGAAGAUUUGGAUUCAAGAACGCGACGGCGUUCCGGAGCGUUGCGAGUAUUCUGAAAAGCCGGGGAAGAUUACGGCUGUGGAGGUUUUACGGCGUGAUGAUGAGGGCAAACCGACACUUCAUCGUGUCGUCAAAAAGAGUCUGGCCAUUACCGACGAGAGGACCAAGUGGCAGGAGGCUCUGCUUUGCAACCCUUGUGGCAUUUGGCUUACCAAGUGCAAAACUCACCGGCCCCCUGACAGGUGGGAUAAAGAUGCCUCUCGGCUAGGCCAAGAGCGACGGAAGAGAGGCACCGGCCGAAGCACAUCUCGGGCGAAGAAGAAUCGUCCAAAGGAUGACGGUCCUCUCAAUCUCACUUCGGAAGCCUAUCUCCCCACAGAUGCGUUUGAGCCAGUAGCACCCUCGUCGCCAAAAAUGAGCGAAGCGGUUCCUGCAGACUUGAACUCAUUAUCGGUACCAGAGAUGAACGAAAGUCAGCAAGCUGAACAGUUUAUUGUGAAUGAUGGACUGGACGUGAUAUCACAGCCAGGAUCAACCCAUUCUCAGGGCAGCGGGACUGCUCAGAGCCCUAUCGAUAUCGAAUUUGACGAAAUGGCCGGCAGUACGAGGAGAUUGCUAUUUCCAUCUCCUAGAAAAGACGGAGUCCCAAAGGUGCUUUGCGACGUUGACGUUAAUGUCGUUCAGACUGCAGAGUGCCGACCAGGAGAACAUCUCAAAGGCGACCAAGAGAAUGCUGCCAUGCCAGGAUCGCGCGAGAGUGUUGGCAAACUAGACGACCUGGAUGCUCUAUUUAACAGCCCCUUCAAAGGACGACCGUCCACCCCGCCACCUGAUGCAGCGCCUACAACGGCUGAGCCUUUCAAGACCCCUACACGGCCUACCCCAAGCCAUAGACCCAUCACUAGAAGUGUAUCCAAGUCCUUGCGAUCGGCCAAGUCAAUGCUUUCGCCAAGCCAGCAUGCAGUCGAGCAGACUCCCACCAAGACGCCGAGAUCUUUACUGAGAAUUCCCAGCAGCAGCGCUAGGAGACGCAGCCCGCGGAUCAAUCAGGGGAACUUUGACGUCUUUGAUUCCCCUAUUAGUCGAAGCAUUGUGCAACUGCUUUCAGAGGGCAACGCUUUGGGGGAAAACGAGAUGGACCUCAGCAGCCUACCUGGGCUGGGGGGACACAACGAUGAGCUGAUUGACUUUGGCAAUCUCUUGAGCACCGAUGACAUUAUGCCCAGUUCAUCCCCUAAGAAUGGAUCUAUGGGACUAAGUUUCGAUUACGACGGCGCUGCUAAUAACAUUGCCGAUUGGAUGGACAGUGUCAUAAAGAAGCUAAAAUGA